AUGCUCGAUAUUAAUGCGAAAAUUGUUCGUUUGAUUACCGACAACGCAUCGAACAACAUCAAAGCUUUUCAAGAUUUAAUUAUUCCUGGUUUCGAAGAAUAUUUCGAUAACGACAAUAAUGACGAAAGUUCGAGUGACGUCGAUCUUGAUGCAGCUGAGGAGGCUGAUAAAAUAUCUACCAUGUGUGACGAUGGAAAUCAAGAGAAUAUGAUCGAUAUAAUCAAAACAAGUUUUGAUAAUAUAGCUGCAAGCAAUGAAUCGAUGCGUUUGCCAUGCUUUUCUCAUUGUUUGAAUUUGGUGGUUUCUGAUGGACUGAAAGAAGCCUCUUCUAUCAAACAAGUUCUAUCAAAGGUUUCCAAAAUCGCCAAAUUGUCUCAUUCAAGUACAAUUUUCGUGGAGAAACUAGAGAGCAUGAGUAAAUCGAUACCAAAAGCAAAUAAAACUCCCUGGAACAGCCAAUUCAAUUUGGUUGAAAAACUUCUACGUAUACCAUCGUCGGAUUUGAGUGAUAUUCUCACGUCAAUCAAACGGCAAGAUUUAUGUUUAUUGACUAAAGAUUAUCAAAUAUUGAACGAAUUCAUAUCGUUGUUUAUUUUAUUAGCUGAAGCAACAGUGAUUACACAGGGUGAAAAGACACCAUCCAUUUCAUUUGUGGCACCAACAAUAUUAGCUAUUUAUUUUGAUCUAUUAUCCGAGAAAGAAGAUGUUACUUUUACAUUGCCAUUAUGUAAGGCUCUAUUGUCGUCGUUGAUUUCAAGAUUUGGUGAUUUGUUCGAGCAAUUAGAUGUCGAAGUCGACAAAUCGAUUAAACCAAAAACAACAUAUGAUUAUUUCAAAGAUCCUUUAUUUAUAUAUACACCUAGCUUAGAUGGAAAGUUUAAAUUACAUUGGAUAAAUGAAUCAUCAUUACUACCGGAGAAAAAGAAAUUUCUGUGUGAAAAAAUAAAACAAGUUUUAUAUGACUUUUGUGUUUUAAUUCGACAUAGUGAAUGUUUACAAUCAGAAACAGAAACACAAGCAGUCGACGAUCAACAAACAGCACCAGUUACACCGUCAAGAUUAGGUCGAAAGAGAAAAAGUCUUUUCUCGAACAUUGAAAAUAAAAAUUCGAAGAAACAAAAAGUGGAACAAUUUGGUUUUAUCAAAGAUGAAAUUAAUAAUUAUCUCAAUGAUGAUUCAAUUGACGAAUCGAACAGAUUCGCUCUUCUUUAUCAAUCUCACAAGUACCCAUCGUUGCACAGCUUAUCAUUGAAAGUAUUGACAGUUCCAGCUACUUCCUCUCCCGUGGAACGGGUAUUUAGCCAGAGUGGAUUUCUCUUUCGACAACAUCGUGGGAAAAUGCCAAGAAAGAUGCUACAAAUGUUGACUAUGUUGAAAAUCAAUAAAAAUUUUCUGUCGAUUUCUUCUUCAUAA